CACUUCCCAGGAGGUUUUGCACUGCGGGCGCGGCCCCGGGCUCAUCGCCGAUUGGGACGCUGGGUCUGGCGCACCGCGAGCGUAAUGGCCGCGUGGAGCGAGCGGCUGGCCGGCGUGCGCGGUGUUCUGCUUGACAUCUCUGGGGUGCUGUACGACAGCGGGGCGGGCGGAGGCACGCCGAUCGCGGGCUCGGUGGAGGCAGUGGCGAGGUUGAAGCGGUCCCAACUGAAGGUGCAAUUCUGCACCAACGAGUCACAGAAGUCCCGGGGAGAGCUGGUGGCAGUGCUUAGACGCCUGGGCUUUGACAUCUCUGAGGGGGAAGUGACCGCCCCAGCUCCAGCCACCUGCCAAAUCCUGAAGGAGCGAGGACUGCGGCCAUACCUGCUCAUCCAUGAUGGAGUCCGCUCAGAAUUUGAUCACGUUGACAUGUCCAACCCGAACUGUGUCGUGAUUGCAGAUGCUGGUGAGGGCUUUUCUUAUCAGAACAUGAAUAAAGCCUUUCAGCUGCUUAUGGACCUGGAAAACCCUGUGCUCAUAUCACUGGGGAAAGGACGCUACUAUAAGGAGACCUCUGGCCUGAUGCUGGACGUUGGACCCUACAUGAAGGCCCUCGAGUAUGCCUGCGGUGUUGAAGCUGAGGUGGUAGGGAAACCAUCUCCAGAGUUUUUCAACUCUGCCCUGCAAGCGAUGGGGGUGGAAGCCCACCAGGCCAUCAUGAUUGGGGACGAUAUUGUGGGCGACGUCGGUGGUGCCCAGCGGUGCGGACUGAGAGCCCUGCAGGUGCGGACUGGAAAGUUCAGGCCCAGUGACGAGCACCAUCCCGAAGUGAAGGCUGAUGGGUACGUGGACAACCUCGCAGAGGCUGUGGACCUGCUGCUGCAGCACGCGGACAAGUGACCGCCUUCAGCGAAGACCCAGCCUCCUCCUACUGCUGCCCUCCUCCCCCACCAGGCCCUGGCAGCCCCACCUUCUGUGGGCCUUCUGCAGUUCUGGGCUGCCUUGCCCCUGGGCCAGAGUCCACCCGUUCCUCAGCCCCUCCCCCCUCCUGAGCAAGAGGUUUGUUCCCUUGGCCUCAAGAACAAACCCCUGGGCAUGUGCUGGAAGGGACCCCUGUAAUUCCUGAAUUCACUCCCUCACCAUGUGCUCACCUAACGGGAUGCAGGGCAUACCGCCCUUAACUUAACCUUUGCAUUGAAGGGAGGAGCCUGGAGAAAACCCAGGGUCCUGCUGUGCACAUCUCCUGCAGCCCAAGCUGAGCCAGCUUCCCUAGGACUGCCCGGCAACCCCACCCUCCACUCAGACACCCCACCCUGCCCAUCAUCAGAGUGGCUGAUUAGCACUUGACUCUCCCACCCCAAAACAGUGCCGGCCCACCGCUUUUCCUAGCCCCGCCAAUCCUGUUGCAGACACAAACCGGUACAGCUACCAGGCGCCCUUUGAAGACUGCCCUACCUAUACAGCAGGAGUUUACCUCUGCAAUCGAGGUGGCAGGCACAGAAGGAACUCUGGAGUCAGAACCAGAGAGACUUGAGUGCAUGCCCAGUGUAUGCGGGAGAAACAAAUGACCCAAUAAACUUUGCCUAGAACAGCAGCCUUGACUCUGGCUUUGACUACCUGGAGGGCCCUAUGGUGUGGGUGGGAGUGGAAGCCCUGAACAGGGUCUCAGGCACUGUCUCUAGCCCUGCCAUGAGGUAGGGCUACUAACAGCAGAGUGGGCACCUGCUCUGAGCUUUCUAACAGAUGAGGAAACUAAGGCCGAGAGUAGGCAAUGAGCUGCCCUGGACCUUACUUCAGAGCAGACAGACCAGGACAAAUAAUUCAUCACUACCACAAAAUACAAGUGGCAGGCUAUGUUUAUAAAGAAAAGAGGUUUG